AUGCCAAGCAAAGCCCUUUCUCAAAACUUUGAAGAUCUGCAGCCGGUGGUUAUUGCAGGAUGUGUUAUCCAGUCAAGUUAUGCACUGGUAGAAAAUGGAAUCGAUGCAACUUUGUCUGAUCUUAUUCUUCCUGGAUUCAUGAACUUCUUUGGCCCAGGAUUAUGUGCUAACAUAGUCUAUAAACAAGCAGAGUUGUCGAGAAUGUCUCUUAUAUCAUACUUCAUCGGGAUAAUUAUCUUCUCAAUAUUUUCCCAGAUGAGAAUCUUGUGGAUAUCGACAGCUAUAUUCCCUGUGAUAGGUAGGGGCUUUAUGCUCAUUACCUUAAAAAACAACAACAAGCCUUUCCAUUUGGUUAUUGCAUGGCUAAUGGCUCUAGAAAUGUCAGGAGUUCUUAUGCAAAAACUGCUUUUUAACAAGAGGAUGAAGGUUAGUGGAGAUAAAGCAGGGGAAAUAUUCAUUCUAAUCUUAGGACUAGGGUUGGGAAGGCUGUAUCGCCUUCCUGAUUACACAAUGAUGCUAGUGGUUUUCCUAGUUGCACUUGGGCCUUUUGUCCAAUAUAUGUUUUCACUACCUCUCUUUUCGCAGAAGAAACAGAAGAAGGAAAGGGGUAGAUAUCCAAGAAUCAAACUCCCAAAGAGGAAGGCAGCUCAGAAGGCUCAAGAUACACUCAAGCAGGCAAAAUGA